UCCCUCAAACAUCUGCACUGUCACAAAGAAAAGUUGUGGCCCAGCUCCAUUUAGUUUUUGGAAACAGCCAAAACAGACAUCCUGAAUCUUAACGACACCUCGCUUUUGGAAACAUCUCCCAACCACCAGCAAAGCAGUGUGCGUGCAGCUUCGUCGAAACAGCGUCAUCGCCUAUCAUCGCCGAAUCACGCGAUACCCAUUAGCUCCCCCGUUUUCGUGCCCUAUCCAGCUGUUGCUGCAGGUCGAUCGCCCUCCCGCAGCCACACAUAGCCGACGUGCUUAGCUUCCUCCGCCGAGCGAGCUCCAUCCAACGUGACUUUGCGACAGCCCGACCUCGAGCGACAACCCCGGACGUCUGUCGAGGGAUAAAGAAUUAAAGCACACAAAGACAAGCAUCAACGAGCCGACGAACGUUAGUCGACGCAGCAAUCCCGGGCCAAUCAAGACAGUCUACAGCGCCACCGCAUUCAAGAUGACGCUCAAGGAGGAGUUCGCGACCCGGAACUUUAGUAUCUAUGGGCAAUGGCUUGGUAUCCUGUCCAUGCUCCUCUCCUUCGCGCUGGGGAUCGCCAACAUCUUCAUAUUCAACUUUGUCAUCAUCAUCUUCAGCGUCAUCUGCCUUGUCUCGUCGUUUAUCGUCCUCUUCAUCGAGGUGCCGCUGCUGCUGCGCAUCUGCCCGACCUCGGGCAAGUUUGACGAGGUGAUCCGCAAGGUCUCGACCAACUACAUGCGCGCGGGCGCCUACUUCGUCAUGGGGCUCGUCCAGUGGCUGUCUAUCAUCUUCGCCGCGACCUCGCUGAUCGUCGCCGCCGUCUUCUUCACUCUCACCGCGGCCUGCUACCUGCUCGCGGGCAUCAAGGGCCAGGCCUUUGUCGGCAGCAAGACCCUAGGCGGACAGGGCGUCGCGCAGAUGAUCGUAUAAUCGGACUUCCACGAUACCGGCUGGGUAACGGCCUGGGGAUGGUAUGGCGGGCCGCUUUACGUGUACUUUUGGGCCCGAGGCCUGGAAAGUCGGCAGUCACGCACCACGCCUCAACUCCCAAUGGGCGGCUCAACACGCCCACUACGCCCUAGGAGAUAACUUCGGCAGACGAUGGAAAUGCGGGAACCCCUUCACCGGUGUUGAGGGCCAGGUCAAGGCGGGGCCAAUUCUUACUUGGCUUCAGCGCAUUGAAUGACGACGGAUGAGGAGCAGUGUGACGAAGCAUAUUGCUGUAGGAGGGCGGGUUUCCAAGUGGCCAACAUCUUCGGAAGGGGGUUCUGGCGUCAUGGGUUUUUUUUUUUUUGCCAUCAUCUUCGUUCCUCCAGGGGGUGUUUUCUGCGGUGAGCUUGUUCUCGCGACAUGUAGUCGCCUUGACACGAGCACCCCCAUUAUCAAGAUGAAUGUUUGUUAGUUAUGUCUCCGGGACGUGUAUGACGAAGGUCCUCGCUCGCGUGCUUCGCCUGCAGGAUCGCAUGUAUCUUACCGCUACGAAUAGGAAUGAGUGUUUUGCUAUGUCGUUCGUUCGGCAACCCG